AUGGAGAUGUGUUGGAAUGUAGGUGGGUGGGGGGGGUAUCUUAAGGGUAUGUGUUUGUGGGAUAAGUUAGUGUUUAUUUGUGGGGGUGGUUGGGGGGGGGGUAGUGUUUUUGGGUGGUGGGGUGUUGGGGGGGUGGGAUAUGUUGGUUUGGGGGUUUGGGGAAGGAAGGGGGAAAGUUGGGGGUGUGAUUUUUGGGGUUGGUGGGGGAUUUUGGGGGGUGUUGGGGGGGGGUGGUUUUGGUUGUUGGGGGGGAGGGAAGUGGUGGUUUUGGGUGUUAUUGAGUGUGGGUUGGUGGUGGUGGGGGGGGAUUUGGGGGGGGGUUUGGUGGGGUUGAUAUUGAUUUUGGGUUUGGGGGUGGGUUGUUGGGUAGUUUUGUGGGGGUGUGUUUGUUUUGAGGAGUUAGGUGGUUUUUUUAUUGAUGAGGUGUAUGGUGUUUGGGGGAGGUUUGGUGUGAGUGUUGUGGGGGGUGUGGGUUUGGGGGGAGAAAUGGAUAUGGGGUAUUGUUUUGGUAUAUGUUGUUGGGGUAGUGUGGUUGGUGUGUGGGUUGGAUGUUUUUUGUGUUUAAUUGAUGUAUGGGGGGGGGGAAGAUUGGGGGGGUGUGGGUUGGAAUGGGGUAAUUGUUUGUUUGUUUUGGAUGUAUGGGGUAAGGGGAGAGGAGAUAGGUUUAGGGUAUAUGAGGGGGUGAAGGUUGGUUGUGUGUGGUUUUUUGGGGGGGGUUUUUGGUUUGGGGUGGGUGGUGGUUGUGUUGGUGUUUUGGGGGUGUGGGGUUUGGUUUUUGAGUUUGGGGGUGGAGUGGUUGGUGGGUUGAUUGGGUGUUAUGGGUGGGGGGGUGGGUUGUGGGGGAUUGGGUGGGGGUGUGAGGUAGAGGUGUGGGUUAUUGAGAAGUGUAAGAAUUGGGGGUGGGGGGGGGGUAGUUUUGUUGGUGUGGGUUGUGGUGGGGGGUGGGGGUGUGGGGGUUGUGUGGUGAGGGGGGGUUGGGUAUUAUUGUUGAAGGUUUGGAUGGGGGGUGUUGGGGGUUUGGGGGUUGGUGGGUUGGUGGGUGGGGGUAGUGGGUUGUGUUUUGUAAUGUUUGGUGUGGGGUGGGUGAUUAGGGUGGUUGAGUUAUGGGGUGGUUUUUUUGGUGUGGUUUUGGGGAGGGGGUGGGGGGGUGUGUGUGGGGGUUUGGGGGUUUUUUUGUUUUUGGUGAGGGGUGUUUGGUAUAUGGGGGUGGGGGAUGUGUUGCCGCAAAACUUUGACAGCUACAGCAGCGAAGUACAAAAGUUAAUUUGCACCGCUGACCAUCUGGGCGCCCUCAUGCAGUACGACACGCCAGGGUUUCUACCAAACAAGAGAAUACACAGAGCCAUGGGUCUGGCAACACUAGAGGUGAUGCAGGCCAUGCACAGAACAUGGAGCAACUCAAAAGUACGAGUCAACGGAAAAACUCGACAAAUGCAGUGGAGAGAUAUGUUUGACAUCGCGGUGAAGUGGAGGAGGAUCGCGGAUCCAGACCAGCCGGUUCUGUGGUUGGAUCAAAUGCCAGCGCGAAGUCUCAGCAGAGGCUUCAACAAUCACAUCAACCUCAUCAGAGGACAAAUAAUAAACAUCAGAUACUUGGCAUAUUUUGAUAACAUUCUUGACUUCAUAAAAGAGAGAAUACUGGUGUAUCAUGGCGCAUACAACCCCAGAGGACUCCAAGAAGUGCGUCACGCUCUGGAAAAUGUGAAUAGAGUAGAAGAUUUACUUCCUAUAAUGAAGCAGUUUAACAGUAAAACCAGAGAUGGCUUCACGGUCAACUCCAAAGUGCAGAGUGUGAAGGAUCCUGGGAAAGAAUACGACGGCUUUACCAUCACCAUCACAGGAGACAGAGUGGGGAACAUGUUAUUCUCGGUGGAGACGCAGACCACGGAGGAGCGGACGCAGCAGUACCAGUCUGAGAUCGAGUCCAUCUACAAAGACCUGACGGCGAAGGGGAAAGCCCUGAUGCUGUCCACGGAGCUGGGGGACGCUGAUGCCGUGUGUAAUCUCAUCCUGUCGUUGGUGUACUACUUCUGUAACCUCAUGCCCCUCUCCAGAGGAUCCAGUGUGGUUGCGUACUCUGUGGUGAUGGGGGCGCUCAUGGCCAGCGGCAAAGAGGUCACAGGAAAGAUCCCCAAAGGAAAGCUCGUGGACUUUGAAGCCAUGACCACAUCCAACCCCAGCAGCUUCAGCAAAACCUCAAAGAUGUGGAUGAACCUCAAAAGUUUGCCGGGCUGGUAUCAGAGUCUUCCGUCUGUAGCAGAGACCUUCGCCUCGAGCAGAACCAUGAUCGAAGUCCUCAACACAGACUCGUCCUCGCACUGUCCAAAGAAAUCUUAG